UAUAAGGAGACACCUUCUUUCUGGGCUCAAGUAUCCUACCACUCUGUCAUGUCCUGCUGCUGGAAGGUGCCCACACCCCCUCACUCCACCCUUUUCCUGCUAAUCCUGUCGUAAUGAAUGUAGUUGCUCAGUUAACUGUAUAUGAUUCGGUGUUGGGGGUUUGGAGGUACCGAGACCUUGGCAAUAUUGCGUGUCCCUUUGGACCAGCCUCCAAGAGGAAAGGGGCAGGUAGGAAGGAGUGGGGAUCCCAGGGUUACCACAUGUGAGGGCGAGUUUAGCUCCGUGCCAUCAGCAACUUCCUAUAUUAGGGAUAAAAUAUACAGGUGCACAAGAGCUGGGAUACAGACCAUAGGUGGUAGAGAGAAAGGUGGUUGGUCCUUCCUGGGCCUGGGGGUUAGCAGCCAAGUCAGAGUUACUGAGGGUGGUUGAUUAGCUUUUUCUCUGUGCUUCCACUGCUCUUUCUCUCUCCUGCAAUGAUUGGUGAUCACUCCGUGGUAUUGUCAGAGAUGAAGGAGCCUGGGAACUGAGUUGUGAAGUGUAUUAAGAGCUGGGAGAGGUCCCAACACUGGAUGGUUCUGUAGGGAGCCUGGUCAUCAAUUUGCAGUACCUCACAGAGCCAGCCCACGAUCCACUCUCUGAGCUUCCACUGGAAAUAUUCACUGCCUCUCCAAGCAGGGAGUUGCUGGGGAGAGAGGCAGAGGCAGCUGGAGCCCUGUUCUGUCCUGCCUGGACACCACCCGGAUUUGGUGUUGACAAGAGUGGCUGACAGUUAUCUUCCAACCCCAACUGGCUGGGGCAGGACAAGGGCUAGGCUGGAGGUGGCUGGACUUGCCUGCUCCCAGCCUGGGAUGCCCCUGCUCUGGACCUUUCAUUUCUCUUCAUUGGGUUAUUUUUCAAUGCAUCUUUAAUUUGUAAAGAAAUAAAUUAAGAUGUAACCAGUAGUCUCAUCUUUAGUCUGGCGCGGGUUCGCUUUCCCGUAACCACUCCCUGCCAAGCCUUGCAGUCCCGGGGAGCGGCCGGCUCAGCGGAGCUGCGCAUGCGUCCGGUGCUCCGUGGCGUAGGACCCGGUCCCGUCGCGGCUCCGGCGGGGCGCGGUCCAGUGCAGUUUGAGGGGCGCCGGCUGCCGGAGUGGACAUGGCUGCUGGCGGCACCGCGGCUGUGCUUGUCGCCCUAGGGGUGCUUAGUGUCUGUUCGGCUAGAGACUCUGGGCCGGCGGCGGAGGUGGAGGCCGGCGGGGAAGCGGGCUGGGCGGAGCCGUGGGACGGCGCGGUGUUUCGGCCGCCCUCGGCGCUGGGCGCGGUGGGGGUGGCGCGCGGGCCGGAGAGCCAGCGGCCAGGGAGGGAGGGGCCGGUGGACCUACCGGUGCUGCUGUGGUGGAGCCCUGGGCUCUUUCCCCACUUCCCGGGAGACUCGGAGCGCAUCGAGUGCGCGCGCGGCGCCUGCGUGGCGUCCCGGGACCGACGGGUCCGAGGAGACUCGCGGACGCGCGCGCUGCUCUUCUACGGCACCGACUUCCGCGCCUCUGACGCGCCGCUGCCGCGCCUGGCGCACCAGAGCUGGGCGCUCCUGCACGAGGAGUCGCCGCUCAACAACUUCGUGCUGAGCCACGCGCCGGGCAUCCGCCUCUUCAAUCUUACCGCUACCUUCAGCCGCCACUCCGACUAUCCGCUGCCGCUGCAGUGGCUGCCCGGGACCGCCUAUCUGCGCCGCGCGGCCCUUCCGCUCCAGGAGCGCGCGGAAUGGCGCCGCCGCGGCUACGCGCCGCUGCUCUAUCUACAGUCCCAUUGCGAUGUGCCUGCGGACCGGGACCGCUAUGUGCGCGAGCUCAUGCGCUACAUCCCGGUGGACUCGUACGGGAAAUGCCUGCAAAACCGGGAGCUGCCCACCCCACGGUUACAGGACACAGCCACAGCCACCACCGAGGAUCCAGAGCUCUUGGCCUUCUUGUCCCGUUAUAAGUUCCAUUUGGCUCUCGAAAAUGCCAUCUGUGACGACUACAUGACAGAAAAGUUGUGGCGUCCCAUGCACCUGGGGGCUGUGCCCGUGUACCGCGGCUCUCCCUCUGUGAGGGACUGGAUGCCGAACAACCACUCCAUCAUCCUUAUCAACGACUUCGAGUCACCUCAGAAGCUGGCAGAGUUUAUUGACUUUCUGGACAAGAAUGAUGAGGAAUAUAUAAAAUACCUGGCAUACAAGCAACCUGGGGGCAUCACCAACCAGUUCCUUCUGGAUAGCCUGAGGCAUCGGGAGUGGGGUGUGAAUGAUCCUUUACUGCCCAACUACCUUAACGGCUUCGAGUGUUUCGUCUGUGACCAUGAGCUGGCUCGGCUGGAUGCCGAGAAAGCCCACACAGCCUCUCCUGGGGACACCCCUGUCCCCGAGCCUCACAUUGCCCAGCCCUCGCACAUGAACUGCCCAGUGCCCACACCUGGCUUUGGCAACGUGGAAGAGAUUCCCGAGAAUGACAGCUGGAAGGAGAUGUGGCUGCAAGAUUACUGGCAAGGUCUGUACCAGGGGGAAGCCCUCACUGCCAUGAUCCACAACAAUGAAACACAGGAGAGGAAAUUUUGGGAUUACUUACAUGAGAUCUUCAUGAAAAAGAACCAGAACCUCUAAUUACCCUUGCAAGAGCCUUUAACGUGGUAAAGCUAAGGUGAUAAGUACUUAUUCUACCUUGGACAUAAGGGACAACCAGUGCACAAAUCCUUAAUGAACACUGUCUUAUCAUGGAGUCAAGAUAUUCCAGUUCUAGUCACUGAUAUUUUAUCCUAAUGAUGUGUAGCCAGAGUCUCAGCCUGUGGUAAUAGGGCCUCUCCUCGAGGAGAGGUGGAGGCAUUCAGUUUUUGUGCUUUAAGUGAAAGUCUACAAAUCAAGUCAGUCUUUCAUAUAAAAAUCUGUACACACCUUGCUAUGUA